AAAUUCAACUAUCGAAAUUAAAAUUGCUCAUAUUUUAUUUCUUUUGAUGCAAUUGACUGCCACCCACUAGAUAAACAAAACAAAUCACAUGGACUUUUUAAUCUCCUUGUAUCGAAACUUUAGGUGUUGAAUUUGGACCAACCUGCUUUUAAAUAAAAAUACAUGAUCGUCUUCAACCAGCAGCACCCUAAGCGCCCAUCAAUUCAAUAUUGAAAAUCAAGAAUUAAAGAUCACAAUUUAUAAGAAUCUGAGUGUAAAAACAAAAACAAAACCAUUCUUGAAAUUAAACAUGUUGACUUCCUUAUUAAAUCCGCUGUAUUUUUCAAUCUUCACCUUCUUAGUCUUUGCUUAUUUCCUCAUCAAAUGGCUGACUUCCUCCCCGGCCGCCACCGGAAAAAACCCACCCCCUUCGCCGCCAAAACUCCCAGUUCUCGGAAACCUCCACCAGCUUGGGAUGUUCGUUCACCGCUCUUUAUUACCACUAUCUCAACGCUACGGCCGCGAUCUCAUGCUGCUUCAUUUCGGCAGCAAACCAGUUCUCAUCGUCUCAUCAUCAGCAGCUGCACAACAGAUCAUGAAGACCCACGAUCUCAUUUUCUCAAGCAGGCCAAAGUUUAACCCAAUCGAGAAGCUUCUCUACAACUCCAAAGACGUCGCCGGCGCGCCAUACGGCGAGUACUGGCGGCAGAUGAGAAGCGUUUGUGUAGUGCAUCUUCUAAGUAAUAAAAGUGUUCAGUCUUACAAAUCUGUUAGAGAAGAAGAAGUAAGUUUGUUGAUUGCGAAAAUAAAAGAAUUUUCUUCUGAGUCUUUGGCUGUAAAUUUAAGCCAAAUGUUUUGUUAUGUGACGAAUGAUAUAAUAAGUAGAAUUGCUUUUAAAAGGAAGUACAGUAAAGAAGAUGGUGAAAAAUUUGAAAAACUGUUGGGAGAAUUCAUGAGAUUGUUGGGUUGUUUUAGUGUGGGGGAUUUUAUUCCUUGGCUUCGAUGGGUUAAUUGGAUAAAUGGGUUUGAUGCUGCUUUGGAUAGAACUGCUAAAGAGAUGGAUGCAUUUAUAAAUGGAAUACUUGAAGAGCAUGUGAGUAGCUUAGGAUCAACUCAAGAAAAGGAACAAGGAAACGAUUUUGUGGAUGUUCUGCUUCAUCUGCAAAAAGACCAUAAUUUGGCUGGGAAUUCUCUUCAAACAGACAGUAUCAAGGCUCUCAUUUUGGAUAUGUUUGCUGGUGGGUCUGAUACCUCUUCAACAGUGUUAGAAUGGGCAAUGACAGAGCUCAUACGAAAUCCAAGAGUCAUGAAAAAUUUACAGAAUGAGGUGAACAAAAUAACAAAUCAAAAAUCAACCAUUAUAACUGAAGCUGAUUUAGAAAAAUUCCAUUAUCUCAAAUUGGUGAUCAAAGAGACGCUUCGGCUGCACACUCCGUUCCCGUUACUAGCACCAAGAGAAACAACACAAGAUGUCACAGUAAUGGGGUACCACAUUUCCGCAGGAACCAUGGUUUUAACCAAUGCCUGGGCUAUUGCAAGAGACCCACAAACAUGGAAAAAACCUGAAGAGUUUUUGCCUGAAAGAUUUGAGAAUAAUGGUAUAGAUUUUAAAGGUCAUGACUUUGAGUUUAUUCCAUUCGGAGCUGGUCGAAGAGGCUGCCCGGGUGUUUCAUUUGCGAUGCCGGUGGUCGAGCUUGUGUUGGCUAAUAUAGUGAAGAGUUUUGAAUGGGAAUUACCUGAUGGAGUUAAAGGAGAGGAUUUAGAUAUUGCUGAAACUUUUGGUAUUACUACUCGUAGGAAGAAUCCUCUUCUUGCAUUUGCUGUCCCGACUUCUCUCUAAGUUGUGCAAAAUCAAAUCAAAUUGAAUAAUCGAAGCAAAACAAAAAAAUUUGUUCUGUUUUUAAUUUCA